UCCGGCCAUUCUAACCCGGGAGCCGAAAUUCAGUCGCUCAGAUUUGGCAAGGCUGUUUCAAAACGAUGUCGCCCACGAUUCCCGAGUUGGCUGAGCAGCGGGGUAGCCAGGAAUCGCACGUUUUCAAAAAAAACCUGAAAGAGGAAAUAGAAUCCAUUCUGAGGGAGCGCAUUAUGGUUUUGGAUGGAGGCAUGGGGACCAUGAUUCAGCAAUAUUCCUUAGGAGAAGAAGAAUUUCGAGGUCAAGAAUUUAAGGAUCACCUGAAACCACUCAAGGGAAAUAAUGACCUGUUGAGCAUAACUCAGCCUGAUAUCAUCUACAAAAUUCACAAGGAAUACUUGCUUUCUGGUGCUGAUAUCAUUGAGACAAAUACUUUCAGCAGCACUAAAAUAGCACAAGCUGAUUACAGCCUUGAACAUCUGGCUUAUCGAUUAAAUAAAACAUCAGCCCAGAUAGCUCGAAAAGCAGCUGAUGACAUUACUGCAGAGACAGGAAGUAAAAGAUAUGUUGCUGGGGCGAUGGGUCCCACAAACAAGACCCUUUCUGUUUCCCCAUCAGUGGAAAAUCCUGAUUAUCGGAAUGUUACUUUUGAUGAAUUGGUGGAUGCCUACACUGAACAAGCCAAAGGUCUUUUAGAUGGUGGAGCAGAUAUCAUGCUGGUGGAAACCAUAUUUGAUACAGCCAAUGCCAAGGCAGCUCUCUUUGCUCUCCAAAAGUUAUUUGAAGAAGAAUAUGAACCGAGACCCCUGUUUGUAUCAGGAACUAUUGUCGAUAAAAGUGGCCGUACUCUCUCUGGGCAGACUGCGGAAGCAUUUGUCAUCAGCGUAUCUCACAGCCAGCCCCUUUGGGAUCGUGCCAUGGGCCCGACUACACGCCAGGGAGCUCCAGUGGUUCCUACUCCCACACCAGAGAGCCAGGAUGAGCGAUGCCAGCUUCAAGGUUCGGGUGUCACCCCAGGUGCUGCUCUCGUUCCGUUGGUGGCUGUCCCCAGCCUUGAACAGGGGAUGCCUCUUCAGAGAACCAGCAAGAAGGAUCCUCACCACAGACGCAAUCCUCUUCGGCUGGGGGGGCUCACCUGGAGAACCAGAUUGCCGAGGGCCGCUGGACUCCAGCGCAACAACAUAAACUGGAUGGAGCUCAGGGCCAUCCACCUGGCCCUUCGUCACUUCAAGAACACGGUGACCGGGCAUCAUGUCCUCAUCCUGACGGACAACGUGGCAGCCAAGGCCCAUGUAAACAGGCAGGGCGGCACCCAUUCCAAGGCUCUUCGCGACGAGGCCCUGCAACUGGGGAACUAG